AUGUUUGGUGGUACUUCUUCCGGCGGCUCUGGCUUUUCUCUUGGCCAAAGCAAGCCCAACACAGGCUUUUCCUUUGGAGGUAAUACCAACAAUGCAACAAAUACAAACACGACAUCAGGCUUUGGUCUAAGUGCCAACAAGCCUAGCGGGGGCUUCAGUUUUGGAGCAAACGGAAAUGCCAAUCCAGGCUCCUCCUCCAUGUCCCAGUCGGGGUUUGGAGCCAAACCUGCUACUACCAGUGGUUUCAGUUUUGGCAACACAGCCAAUAGCAAUUCAAACACGACUGGUACAAGUUUAUUUGGUGGUGGCAACAACAACAAUAAUAAUAAUAAUAAUGCCGCCACAGGUAGCGGUACCACGGGGUUUUCCUUUGGAGGUAAUAGUGGACCUGCCGCCAACAACAACAAUUCGACCACUGGGACUUCAGGAGGCCUUUUCGGUUCAAAGCCGGCUACUGGAGCAACCACGGGAUUUGCCUUCGGUAACAACAACAACAACACCGGCAAUAACAACAAUAAUACAACUGGUUCGGGGGGCUUCAGUUUUGGCUCUAACAAUUCUGUUUCGCAAGGGGGGGGAUUGUUUGGAAACAAAUCUUUGACAACUACAUCUGCUCCUUCAGCAGGCGGUCUUUUUGGUAAUAAUAACAACAAUAAUAACUCUUUGAAUGCAGGGGGCACUUCCGGAGGGUUGUUUGGAAAUAAUACUGGAUCAACGCCAGGAAACUCGCUAUUCGGAAACAACAAUGCUUCUAACCAGUUUUCCUUCGGAGCCAAACCUCAAACCUUGGCAACCGGUGGGUCCCUUUUUGGAGGCAAUACAUCGGGAAUGCUUGGUCAACAGCAACAGCAGCAACAGCAGCAAAACCAGCUUCCUCAACUCACUGCAAUGACCAAGGUUGCAGACCUUCCGGCUCCCGUACAGGAAGAGUUGAAGCAAUUAGACGAGUAUAUCCAAACACAGGUCUCGAUUGCAGAGUACUUGAAAAACCAAAAGUCGGAGCACCAAGAGCUUAUAAUCAGUGUUCCGAGAGAUAUCAGCUAUCUAGAAAAGACUUAUGCUUCGACAAAUCAGGCGUUGACUGCAGAUCUGAAGUUUGUUGAAAGCUUCAAAAGCAAAACUUUAGAAAGCUUCAACGACUGGGUUGAAAAAUUGAUAAAAGUUUUUCUCCAGUUAACUAAUCCAAUGUCUAACUCGAAUAAUGACCAAGGGCAGGUGCAAGGAUCUUCAAAAGUGAUCAUUGGUGUCAGCGGUAACAGGACUGAAAGCCCGCAUCAGCAACAACAGCAACAACAGAAGCAGGGCCAAACUGACAAGAAUACAUCGAUAAAUAUCACGGCAGUACUAAACUCGUAUUAUAUUGAAAAGAUCGAAGACUUUAAAGAUAAAAUCGAAAGAUAUGAGCUCAUACUGCAAGAGGUGGAGAAUUGUGUCAACGACUUAGACAACUCCAAUGUACCUGCUACUCCCGAGGGAAGAGGAGGUUUGGAGAUGGUGAUAAAUACGCUACAGGAAGAGUUCAAAUUGUAUGUUGAACUUACGAAUGAGUUUGCAGAAAUCCACCACAACGUGAGUAAGCUUUCUGGUGGAAAGGACAGCUUUUAG